CUUUACUGUGAUGUAUGUCCCUGUGGUUGACUGGCUGUGUCCAACAGUAAACAAAACUGGCCAAUCCGGUGAAAGGUCACAGAGAUAAGGACGGUAUACUGUUCACCUGCACGUUGCCUGAAGCGUGAGUUGUAGCUGAACAUUUCCCAGUAUAUAAGUCAGAAUUCCUGAUUUGACCUCAAAUCAAGAACGCGUUCAGUUGGCUUCUGUAAGAACGACUUUACAGUUAACAGAUCCGUCUACUCCAGCUCGGCACAUAAAAGACAGUAGUGUGGCGCAACAAACCAGAAGAUGUACAUGACCGAGGAGACGCCCAAGUUCCGCCACAAGCCCGCGGACAUUGCUCUUGUCGUCCUGGCUGCAGUGGCGUACACACUAUGUAUCGUCUUCAACGCGUUGGCAGCGAGUCCCGCUGGGGUGUCAACAGGUUUGUACCUUAACAACACGGGGGAUAUAGCCGACUAUUUCUAUUUAGAAAUCACCCCGGCAGGAUGGAUGUUUUCUGUUUGGGGCUUCAUCUACACUUGGCAGUAUCUGUGGAUAAUCUACGGCAUUGCCAACAUAUUCCGUCGCACGGAUGACGGUUAUUUCUACGCCGUCUAUCCCACAAUGCCUCCCGCUAUGUACGCCGUCUUCAUCGUCAAUAACAUCGCUAACGUCGUCUGGCUGAUUCUCUGGGACCGGCUGUUAUCAGCUUGGGCCUUGCCGUGUAUUGCCCUGGUGCCAUUCACGCUCUAUAUCUGCCUGUUCAUUUCAUUCCGACGACUGAACGAUAAUAAAGUGACCAUGAUAAAUCAAGGAUACAGAAAGGACGUCUGGUUGACACGGUUUUUAACCCAGAACGGCAUGGCUUUCUACGCCACGUGGACGACCAUAGCAACCCUGUUGAAUGUCGCCAUAGUGAUGACGUACGAUGGUUCAGUCGCCAUGGAAACCUCGUGCACCGCUGUCUUGGGGAUUCUUGCAGUGGAGCUGUUGUUUUGGUUCACUCUUGACAAUUUUGUUCUGGACAAAUUCACACGUUAUUUAUUCAGUCCCUUUAUAAUAAUCCUGCUCGCGCUGACGGCGAGUCUCGUGCAAGGUUAUGAUCCAACAAAGACCAAUAAAAUUUUCACGAUGGUUUUGUUGGGCAUUGCAAGUGUCAUGGCGAUCACUAAAGUGGCUUUCAUGAUUUGGCGACACAGAACGCGCCCUCUAGAAAAUUAAAGUGAAAUCAAAUGAAUCACGAACGAACAAUAUCAUUAUUUCAUUAUUGUAAUACCGAGAAAUCAUGGUGGUGCUGCCCUGCUCUUUAUUGUAGAACUGAAAUAUCCUAAUACUGUUAGCCAUCUUAAAGUGAAUGCUUUCAUUCAUGCAGUUUUUAAAAACUUAGAUUUCACAACAUUUCGACCUUAUCUCAACGCCUUAUUUAUUAACUGCUGACGUGGAGUCCCUGGUGUCACGUGGUGACAGUCUGUGCGUAAUGUCAACCAGUUCGACAGUCGGUAUUUCAAUCCCAUAUUAAUCUGACUGUUUGAGAUCGUUUGUAGUGGAUAUGCUAUUUUUGUUUAGCUGUCGGAGAAUUUCGAGACAUAGCUAGUGCCAUUUAAUUUAUAACCGUUUAGUGUUUUUUUAUACAAGUUGAAUUAAAUAAAAGAUUGAA